ACUAAGUCUGUCUUGAAAAUUGUCGCCUCUCUUCAAAACCUGCAUAAUCCUUUGUUCCUCGUCUAGGGACUAGGAUGGAGUAUUUACGUUUAAGUCUGUUUCUGUGCAUGCUGUCACUGUCAGCGACUUCGCCUUCUUCCUUCGCAUCGCCAAAUUCGAUCCGUGCCGAUUAUGCCGUUAAUCUGAACGCAACGAACUUCGAUGCUGUUCUCAACGAUACACCCGCUACUUUCGCCCUUGUUCAAUUCUAUGCCCAUUGGUGCCCUGCAUGCAGGAAUUAUAAGCCUCACUACGAAAAGGUUGCAAGAUUAUUUAAUGAACCUGAUGCAGUGCAUCCAGGAAUAAUAUUAAUUACAAGGGUAGAUUGUGGAUUAAAGAUAAAUACUAAGCUCUGUGAUAAGUUUUCUGCUGAUCACUAUCCUAUGCUCUUUUGGGGUUCUCCUUCUAAAUUUGUUGGUGGUGGUUGGGAACCUAAACAAGAGAAAAGUGAUAUACGUGUGAUUGUUGGUGCACGCACAGCUGAUCGGUUGCUUGAUUGGAUCAACAAGCAAAUAGGCAGUUCAUUCGGCCUGGAUGAUCAGAAAUUUCAAAAUGAGCUUCCUUCAUCCAAUGAUUCAGACACCGUACAGAUUGCAAGAGCUAUCUACGAUGAUGUAGAAGAGGUAACUUCUACAGGUUUUGACAUCAUCAUAGAGCACCAGGAACUCGUGCUUCACUUAUAAAGUGAAUUCUACCUAAAUCUUUACAGAAGAUCUUUCAGCAAACGACAUGGUGGAUCCUUUCGGAUAUGGAAAUUAAAAUUAGCUAUGUUGGCUUGUAAUUGAGUACUUGGGUGAUGGCAAUUAGUUUCAAAACAUGAACUCCUAGAACCUGAAGCAAAUUGUAUAAUCUAAAACGCAAACACCAAGAAAAGUACAAUUUCAAUAAAACAUAUUGUUAGAAAUAA